AUUGCCAGUGUGCGUGUUUGGAUAAUUCUGGUAGAGAAAGACGUAAAUUCUGGGACUAGAGAAGUAAAAUUGUAGGUCUUAACAAAUCCACACAAUGUCGGCGAAAAAGCGGGGAGAUGCACAUUGCCCACCAAUUUACAAGUAUCAAAAAAUAGCGCGCAUUUCACCUAAUGGCUACCUCAACUUUUUGACUGAGUACAAGAAACGAUUCUACGGCAUUUCCCCUCAGGACAUGGUGCGCUUUGCCGCCAAGCAAUGGAACCAGCUUUCUCCCGAAGAAAAGGAACGCUUUAAAAACAUGAAGGAACCUGUGAUCGUUAUAAAAAGACCAUCUGAAGCAUUUACUAAAAAGUCGAAAAGGGAAUCCUCCGAUGAAGAGAAAAGUAAAAGUCAAUGUCAAACGCCCAGCACAUCCAGCUCUUCGCCAUGUAGUGAAGAUCAGUCGGGUGUGGAUACCCUCUUUAAAAGGAAACUCCCGAAACACCGUGAAAGGCGCUCCCCAAAUAUUCGUCAGAAGGAAUGUUUAAGUACCUCGACACAAGAAAGCGAAGAUCAGUCAAAAAGGGAAACCCCCGAUAGAUGUAGCCGCAAAGAACAAAGUCAAAGGAGCUCCCCAUAUAGUCGUGAAAGGAAAUCUUUAAGAACCUCGCUUAAAUAUACCCAGUCAAAAGUGAGGAAUUCCCAAAAUCAAAAGCGGAAGCGCAACUCAAAUACUUUGGGCACCGCUUGUGCAUAUAUACACUUUCUACGCAAUUUUCGGAGAAAGAACUCUUAUUUACCAGCCAAUGAACUGCUAAAAAGGGCAACUAGAAUUUGGUGCCGUCUGGACCAAAAUCAGCGCCAACAAUUCGAGAGGCCACUUUGGAAAGUAAAAACAGGAUAAAUACCACUUCUGCUGCAUGUAGGGCUCAGAUAUAUUUUUUGGAACCAGUGUUUAUAAAAUGGUUUUGUACAUUUUGAAAGGCUCAAUAAAAGUUCAAAAUUUUGUAAA